ACUGACAAAAGCAAUAAAGAAUCAGCCAUCAGUUUGUUUCUGAAUAGAUAGUAGAUGUUUGUGAUUCUCGUGGUGAUUCAUUCUUUAAACUGUUGUUCAGAAAGUGAAAGUAAAGUUUAGAUCGCUGGAGCUCAAAGACUGAAAAUGGCUUCACUAUCUGAAGAUGAUUUUUCUUGUCCUGUAUGUCAUGAAAUCUUCAAGAAUCCUGUUGUUUUAUCAUGUAGUCACAGUUUCUGUAAAGAGUGUCUUCAACAGUUCUGGAGAACCAAGAAAACUCAGGAGUGUCCCGUCUGCAGGAGAAGAUCCUCAACAGGUGAACCUCCAGUUAGUUUUGCAUUGAAAAACUUGUGAGUCAUUCCUGAAGGAGAGAAAUGAAAGAUGUUCAUCAGGAUCUGAGGAGAUCUGCAGUUUACACAGUGAGAAAAUCAAAGACUUCUGUCUGGAGGACAAACAGCCGGUGUGUGUGUUAAUUCACAGAAACACGUCAAUCACACAUUCAGACCCAUUGAUGAAGUUAUUCCUUCAUGUAAGGAGGUGCUCAAUACAGCACUGCAAUCAUUACAGAAGAAACUUCAACACAAUGAAAAAAUGAAAGGAGAGUUUGAGGAAACAGUUCGACACAUCAAGGAGAGGAAACAGAAUCCAGAGUCAUUUUCAUUACAGCUGUAGAUCACUAUAUACAGUUAUGAUCUGAUAUAUUUAAUAUAAUGGACUGCAGCUGAUUAUUUGUGUAAAUGACGAGCAUCAAUCUGCUUCUGGAUGCGUUAUAUGUCGGUCUCUGAGUUUCUCUCAGAUCUGAAUGAUGUGAUUGUGUUGAUGUGUGUUGAUGGAGACGAUUGAAGUGAAUGUGGUUUGAUUUCAGUCUCAAGCUGAGCACACAGAGCGUCAGAUUAAACAGCAGUUUGAGAAGCUUCAUCAGUUUCUCAGAGAUGAAGAAGAAGCUACAAUCACUGCACUGAGGGAGGAAGAGGAGCAGAAGAAGCAGAUGAUGAAGGAGAAGCUGGAGGAGAUGAACAGACACAUCUCAGCUCUUUCACACACAAUCAAAGACACGGAGGAGAUGAUGAAAGCCAGUGACGUCUGCUUUCUGAAGGAGUUUCCAGUCUCAAUGGAAAGAGUCCAGAUCUCAUCACAGCCGGAUCCACAGACGCCUUCUGGAGCUUUGAUUCAUGUGCCACGUUACUUGGGCAACCUGCCCUUCAGAGUCUGGAAGAAGAUGCAGGACAUCGUCCAGAACACUCCUGUGAUUCUGGAUCCAAACACGGCUCAUCCACGUCUCCUUCUGUCUGAUGAUCUGACCAGUGUGAGAUACAGCGGUCAUCAACCUGUUCCUGAUAAUCCAGAGAGAUUUGACUGGUGCCUCUGUGUUCUGGGUUCAGAGGGUUUUAACUCAGGAACACACUGCUGGGAUGUGGAGGUUAAACAGAGUCAAUUCUGGAGACUUGGAGUAACUACAGCAUCAAACCAGAGGAAGGGACGGGGUUUCUUCAACACUGAUGUCUGGUGUGUGGAGUAUGAGGACGAAAUGUUGUUGUACGGAGGGUCUUCAUGUUUUGGUUUUUGUGUUAAACAGCAGCUUGAUCGUGUGAGAGUGAAUCUGGACUAUGACAGAGGAACGGUGUCAUUCUCUGAUCCUGUAACUAACACACAUCUACACACAUUCACAACCUCCUUCACUCACACACUCUUCCCUUUCUUCUGUAAUUAUGAUUUAUCUUCCUCUCUGAGGAUCUUAUCGAUCAAUAGUCAGUAAUCUGUAGCUCCAGCCCGAUCUCGCAGCAAUUUGUAAAUAUUUUACGAGGUGGCUAAUUCGUACGAAUUCAUACGACCUUACUCAUACAAAUUGAUACGAUUUUUGCUAAAAAAUCCUCAGCUUCAAGGCUCCAAAUGUAAAAAUAAAUUCAGUUUUAAUGCCAGAUUUUAAACAGUUCCAGAUGAAGUCAAAGUGAAUUAAUAAAUGACUGUAAUAGAAAUCCUUCAGCUGCUGAUGUGAAAUCAAUGCAUCUUUACUGUCAUCUAGAGCUGAAACUGAGAAACUGACUGAAAAUAUCAGUGGAUUUAUUACAGAUGACAGUCACAAUAAUAAGAGACUGUUUGAUAAUGUAGUUAAUAAAUCUACAUGACACUAUAUGCAUUAUAUACAGGACUAAGGGAUGUGAUUAUAGUAAUAAAAGGCUUCUAAUAAAAUAUCCUAAUUUAAAUAAAGUGCAAAAAUGUGUUCAGGAAUUUUCAUCAAACACUUUUCAUCAAAAACAGGUUUUUCCUGAAUUACUAAAAUACAUUAUGUUUGAAAAGAAAUAACACACAUGCAUGAGCUAAUGUGUGUGUGUGUGUGUGUGUGUGUGUGUGUGUGAGAGAGAUACUUUCUAACAUGCAUUUCUUCUGUUGCCGCUUUAAAGA